AUGGUUGCAGUUAAAUAUACCCUUGGUCUGGCUCUUAUCGCCUCGGCCGUCGCCAAUCCCCCUUCUCAGGAUGGUGUCAAAGCGGUGAGUGGAUAUGACGUUGAGAAACGUGCUCCUUGUGCCGAUGAACCUGAACCUGUUCCAACUACUGCAGUUGCUCCUUGUGAUGAUGAUCUAUAUACUACGACCAUUGUUGUUGUCAAGAAGAAGCAUUCUUCAACCAACUGUGGCUGUGAGGAUGAUGUCUCACCUACUCCUGAACCAUCAACUCCUUGUGAUCAUGCUACGCCAUCAGUAGCACCACCAACUCCCACGCCCUGCGACCACAACAACCAACUGUCACCAUCCGUACCUACCCCAGCUCCUGUCGUCAAUGUCCUUACUACACCAUGUGAUCAGAACAGGCAGACAACUCCUUUGCCAGCCAUACCAACUACUCCUUGUGGCUGUGAGGAUGAGGGAUCCACGCCUAAUACCGUUAAUUACCAGCCUGCUAGUCCAGAAGCUUCACCUGUUCAGCCAACUGCUAAUCAAGCUGGUGCUGCUCCAGCUCAGCCUACAGGUUCAGCUGGUCCCGCUGCUCCUGCUGAUGGACAGCCCGCUUCUGGAUCCUCUGGUCCUGCUGCUGUUCCCACUGCUGGACAACCCGCUUCUGGAUCCACUGCUACUCCUGCUGCUGUUUCCGCUGCUGGACAACCCGCUUCUGGAUCCGCUGCUGGUCCUGCUGCUGGUCCUGCUGCCGUUUCCCCUGCUGGACAACUCGCUUCUGGAUCCGCUGCUGGUCCUGCUGCCGUUUCCCCUGCUGGACAACCCGCUUCUGGAUCCGCUGCUGGUCCUGCUCCUGUUUCCCCUGCUGGACAACUCGCUUCUGGAUCCGCUGCUGUUCCUGCUGCUGUUCCCGCUGCUGGACAGCCCGCUUCUGGAUCCGCUGCCGUUCCCGCUGCUGGACAACCAGCCUCUGCACCUGUUGCUGGUCCUGCUCCUGUUCAACCCGCUUCUGGAGCCGUUGCUAGUCCUGCUCCUGCUCCUGGCCAACCUGUCUCCGCACCUGUUGGUGGUUCUGCUUCUGUCCAGCCCGCUUCUAGCGCUGGCCCUGCUCCUGUUCCCGCCACUGGACCCUUGCCUGGUACUACCACACCAGACUCCAAUACCCAGUCUCCAUCAAUCCAAAAUACUGGUCAAUCUGUUAAUUCCAUUGACCAAAAUCAGCCUCUUGUAGGUCAAGCCAAUGGUAAUGGUAAUGGUAACAAUGUCGACUCUCCAGAUUCAUCUACCUCAGUCAUUCCUGUCAACUCUGUACAUUCCAACAUCGCCCUUAAUACCCCUAGUCCUUCGAGUUUAAAUCAAGCUCCCUUACCAUCAAGCAACAUUGCACUACCCGUCGGACCUUCUGCUAUUGUCUCCAACCCUUCAGCACCUCUUUCGACUGUAUCUUAUCAAAGUCCAUCAGGUGAAGUGGUUGCCAGUGUGGUUCAAUCUGGCAUUCCUUCUGUUUCUACUGGCGACAACUCACCUUUGGUGCAAACGUCUCAAUAUGGUGUUGAUAUUUCCAUGGCUUCUUCUGUCGGAGCAACUCCUUCAUCUAAUCUGUCCAGGGUUGCCUAUCCUAAUAUUCCAAGUUCCUCUGUUUCGCAAGUCCUUACAGCUAUUUCUUCAGGAACCCUGUCUCCUGCUGAGUCGUCACAAGCUGAAUCUUCACUUACAGCUGCAUCAUCUGGACAAUCAAUUAACUCUGUUUCAACUACUACUGGUUUGUUGAGUGGUACCACUAUCGUUUCCUCUAGUUAUGAACCAUCGGGUUUGCCAUUAAGUACUUUCGCUACACUUUCCACUGGCCAAUCUUCCAUCCUUAGCAUCGUUGGCACCGCUUCUUCAGGCACUGAAUUAUCUAGCCCAACAGCCUCAACUACUCUUUCAACAAAGUUGUCGGUUUCUUCUGAAAGUUCUUCUCCUAUCUCCUCGAGCGCAUCUAAUCACCUAUCAAGGUCUGUGAGCGCUGAUUCUUCCAGCACUCAUUCGUCAAGUUCGGCUGUUGUGUCAACGAGUAGCGCUGCUCCUUCGACCGUCCACUCACUAGGUGAAACUUCUACUACACCAGUUGCUGACGCUAAUUCUUCCAGUAUUAACUCGAGCUCAGUUGCUGCUUCUUCUAGUAUUACUCCUUCCAGUGUUCAUUCCUCAAGCUCUGUCGUUACUUCCAGUACUCACUCAUCAAACUUGGCCGAUAUUUCUAGCGCUGCUCCUUCUAGCAUCCACUCUAGUUCAAUCGUUACCGCUAGUACUGUUCCUUCCAGUGCUCACUCGUCAAGCUCAGUCUCAAGCUCAGAUCUUUCGAACGUCCAUUCGUCAAACUCUGUCGCUAGUUCUGCAAUUUCCAGUGUUCACUCGUCAAGCUCAACCCCUGCUUCUUCCAGUGCUGCUCCUUCUAGUAUUCACUCUUCAAGUCCAGCCCCUGCUACUUCCAGUGCUGCUCCUUCUAGUAUUCACUCUUCAAGUCCAGCCCCUGCUACUUCCAGUGCUGCUCCUUCUAGUGUUCACUCUUCAAGUCCAGCCCCUGCUACUUCCAGCGCUGGUCCCUCUAGCGCUUACUCGUCGAACUCUGUCGCUAGUUCUAGUGCCCCUGUUUCUAGUGUUCACUCGUCAAGCUCAACCCCUGCUUUUUCCAGUGCUGGUCCUUCUAGUGAUCACUCUUCAACUCCAGCCCCUGCUCCUUCUAGUGUUCACUCUUCAAGUCCAGCCCCUGCUACUUCCGGCGCUGCACCUUCUAGUGGGCACUCAUCAAGUUCAUCUCCUGCUUCUUCUAGUGCUGCUCCUUCUAGCUCCCACUCUUCAAGCUCAGCCGCUAGUUCCAGUACCGCUCCUUCCAGCGUCCACUCGAGUUCAGUCGCUACUUCCAGUACUGCUCUUUCCACCGUCCACUCGUCAAGCUCUGUCCCUGCUUCUUCUAGUGCAGCUUCUUCCAGCAUUCACUCGACCUCCAUCGCUAGUUCAAGUGUUGCUCCUUCCAGUACACACUCAUCAAGUUCAGCUCCCAUUUCUUCUAGUGCUGCUGCUUCCAGCGCUCACUCUUCAAGCUCAGUCGCUAGUUCCAGUGCUGCUUCUUCCAGCAGUCGCUCAUCGAGCUCAGUGGCUACCUCUUUCAGUGCCGCUCCUUCCAGCGCUCACUCCUCGAGCUCAGUCGCUGCUUCCAUUACUGCUUCUUCCAGCACUCACUCGUCAAGCUCCGUGGCUACCUCUUCCAGUGCCGCUCCUUCCAGCGCUCACUCCUCGAGCUCAGUCGCUACUUCCAGUGCUGCUCCUUCCAGCGUCCACUCGUCAAGCUCCGUCCCUGCUUCUUCCAACGAUCACUCGAGCUCAGUCACUACUUCUAGUGCUGCUCCUUCCAGCACGCACUCAUCGAGCUCUGUGGCUACCUCUUCUAGUGCUGCUCUUUCCAGUGCCCACUCGUCGAGCACAGUGGCCACUUCUUCUAGUGCUGCUUCUUCCAGCAUUCACUCAAGCUCAGUUGCUACCUCUAGUGCCGCUCCUUCCAGCGUUCACUCGUCAAGCUCUGUCGCCAGUUCAAAUACCGCUCCUUCCAGCAUCCACUCGUCGAACACAGUCGCUACUUCAUCAAGUGCUGCUUCUUCCAGUGCUCACUCGUCAAGCUCUGUCGCUAGUUCAAGUGCCACUCCUUCCAGCAUCAGCUCGUCUAGCUCAGCCCCUAUUUCUAGUAUCACCGUCUCUAGUUCGAUGAAGGCUUCUUCGCUAACAAGUGCCACAUCCACAGUUGGAUCUACUACUAAGACAUCUGAUGAAAUUGGACAGGUAACGCCCUCAACGGCCUCUACGUCGUCCAAAGAAGCUUCUACUUCAGUUUAUGUUGGCUUCUCCACUGCCGUUACCGAGUCAUUUGCUGCAACCGUCUCAUCAAUCAAAAGUUCAUCCAGUAGUAUCUCAUCCAGCUCUUACAUCACCUCUUCAGAAGCAUCUGCAUCAACUUCAACUGCCAAAACCUUUAGUACAGCUGUAUCGACUUCAGUCGGGGCAUCCUCCGGAGGUUCUUCAGGAGAGUCCGGAUCUUCAAGUUCGUCGAGCUCUUCUAGCUCAUCUAGUUCUAGCUCUUCAGGAUCCGGUACAUCCAGUUCUUCCAGCUCAAACUCGGAGUCACAAGGCGAUGCUUCAGCUGGCGGUUCAGCCGGUGCUUCAGGAUCAGGCAAUUCGGGCUCAUCAGAUUCUUCAGCAGGUACUUCAGCAGACACUUCUGGUUCUGGGUCAGCAAGCGUGUCGGCUGGAUCAUCGGCAGGUUCAGCAUCUGGUGUCGUAUCUGGUGCUGCAGGUGCUCAAGCUUCAGGUUCAACAGGCGGUUCAGGUACUGCAGGUGCUUCUGGAUCAGCGGGUGCCUCUGGAACAACAGGCUCAUCGGGUGGUUCAUCUGGUGCUUCGGCUGGUGGAUCUGCUGGAUCUUCUGGUUCGGCAGGUGCUUCUGGUGGCUCUUCUGGUUCAGCCGGUGCUUCGUCCGGUGGCUCUUCCGGUUCUUCUGGCUCAGCAGGUGCUUCAGCUGGCGGUUCAGCUGGUGCAUCAGCCGGUGGCUCUUCAGGUUCUUCAGGUUCAGCAGGAGCUUCUUCUGGCGGAUCCGCAGGUGCUUCUUCAGGUGGCUCUUCCGGUUCUUCUGGCUCAGCAGGUGCUUCGGCAGGCGGUUCAGCAGGUGCCUCAUCUAGUGGUUCUUCCGGUUCUUCUGGCUCAGCAGGUGCUUCGACAGGCGGUUCAGCAGGUGCCUCAUCUAGUGGUUCUUCCGGUUCUUCUGGUUCCGCUGGUUCUUCAGAUGGUGGAUCUGCAGGCUCCUCUGGUUCAGCUUCGUCUGGAGGUUCUGCUGGUGCCUCAGCUGGAGGUUCUUCCGGUUCUUCUGGUUCCGCUGGUGCUUCCUCUGGCGGUUCUGCUGGCGCUUCAGCUGGCUCUUCUGGAUCAGCAGGUGCUUCGUCUGGUGGUUCUGCUGGUGCUUCAUCCGGAGGUUCUUCCGGUUCUUCUGGUUCCGCUGGUGCUUCGUCUGGUGGAUCUGCUGGUGCUUCAGCCGGAGGUUCCGCUGGUUCUUCAGGUUCAGCCGGUGCUUCGUCUGGUGGUUCAGCUGGUGCUUCGUCUGGUGGAUCUGCUGGUGCAUCAGCCGGAGGUUCUUCCGGUUCUUCUGGUUCCGCUGGUGCUUCGUCUGGUGGAUCUGCUGGUGCUUCAGCCGGAGGUUCCGCUGGUUCUUCAGGUUCUGCUGGCGCUUCAGCUGGCUCUUCUGGUUCAGCAGGUGCUUCAGCUGGUGGUUCUGCUGGCGCUUCAGCUGGUGCUUCGUCUGGUGGAUCUGCUGGUGCAUCAGCCGGAGGUUCUUCCGGUUCUUCUGGUUCCGCUGGUGCUUCGUCUGGUGGUUCUGCUGGUGCAUCAGCCGGAGGUUCUUCCGGUUCUUCUGGUUCCGCUGGUGCUUCGUCUGGUGGUUCUGCUGGUGCAUCAGCCGGAGGUUCUUCCGGUUCUUCUGGUUCCGCUGGUGCUUCGUCUGGUGGAUCUGCUGGUGCUUCAGCCGGAGGUUCCGCUGGUUCUUCAGGUUCCGCUGGUGCUUCCUCUGGCGGUUCUGCUGGCGCUUCAGCUGGCUCUUCUGGUUCAGCAGGUGAUUCAGCUGGUGGUUCUGCUGGCGCUUCAGCUGGUGGUUCUGCUGGCUCUUCUGGUUCUGCCGGCGCUUCAGCUGGAGGCUCCGCAGGUGCUUCGUCAGGUGGUUCUGCAGGAGCUGGAGGAUCCGGUGGCUCUGCUAGCUCAUCUGGAUCAAGUUCAUCAGGACCUGAUGGCACUACCAGUUCAUCUCAGUCUGGUUCGUCAGGCUCAGCAGGUGCUUCAGCAGGCGGUUCAGCAAGUAACUCAGAUGGUUCUUCAGCAAACUCUGGCUCAGGUUCAAACUCUGGUCCUGAUUCAUCCGCUUCAGGCUCUGCUUCAGAAUCUGAUUCCAAUGGUUCUUCUCCUUCGAUUUCUGCUUCAGCUGCUGCAUCAGGUAACUCGGCCUCUGCUUAUGGAGUUGCCUCUGGUGCUGUCAAGAGUGGAUCGACUGUUGCAUACGUUGCUAGUACACAAGUCGCUCAAGCUGAUUCUACCGGUUCUCCAGCCAAAGUCGCUCGUUCUGUAGCUUCUGAUGUCGCUGAAUCCAACGGAGAUCUCAUGCUUGGACCCUCGUUAAUGUUGCUGGCUGGAUUUGUAUUUGUUGCUACAUUUUUGCCAUAA